AAAGUUUCCGAGGAAUCAAAUCCUGAAGACCAAGCCUGGAGCGAGAGAGCUGGAGCGGCGGCAACAGCAGCGGGACGGGAACCCCGACUGCCACACGGCAGGGGGUCUCGGUGACUGCUCGGCGGCGCUGCUAGAGGCAGACAAAGCAAAUGACCCCGACGCAGCACCCAAGCCACAGAAAAGCAGAGCGGACGCGCCUGGGAGAGGUACGAAAAUGAAACUUGCAGCAGAGAAAAAAGCCCAGGAGAAGAUUCCUCAAGAUGUUAACAAGCCCUUUGCCGGAAAAGUGUUUUAUCUGGAUUUGCCAUUUAAACUGAUGUCUGAAAAGCUGGAAAGAGAUAUAAAAGAGCUUGGAGGGACAGUAGAAGGCUUUCUCAGCAGAGAAAUCAGUUAUCUUAUAACAAAUAAAAAAGAAGCAAGAUGUGCCAAGACCUUAAAGUUCAUGUGCUCCAGCCAAAGUCCUGAAUAUGCCCAAAACUCCGGAGAAAGCUCAAACCAACAACACAGUAAACGAGGUUCCCUGGAAGGAAGCUUUCAAAAGAAGCCAGAAAAGGGUCUCGCAAGCAGAGGGAAAUCUUUGGUUAAAAAAGCAAUCAAGGAACAGGAAAUUUUACCAAAGAAUAGUAUACUGUCCAAUGCUUGGAACUGGGGGGUCAAAAUACUGCAUGUUGAAGAGGCGAAAUAUUACAUUGAACAGAAGAAAAAAACGUUGAUAAAUGCCAAGAAAUCGCAACCGCCUGAUAAAUCUGUGACCAAACGACCAGUACGUCGGAAAGUGAAACCACAAAAGUUGAAGAGCCCUUACCUGAAAGUGGAAGACAACGACUGCCAGUACAGACCUCUUUAUUUGGUGUUGCCUUUUUUCCGAUCUUUCCAGUCUCCCAAAGCUAAUCCAUCUGUAGAGGUCAAUAAAAAAUCCAAUAUGGUUCCAAAGGAGACUGACGCAAAGCAAAGUGCCAACAAGAAGAUUUGUGGCCCGGAUGGGGGAAAUGCACAUUUUCGAUUAAGAGAGCAGAAGAAGAAAGGGUACUGUGAAUGCUGCCUUAAAAAAUAUGAAGACUUGGAAUCGCAUAUUUUAAGUCAGCAGCACAAGAAUUUUGCGAAAGGCACACAUUACCAGGAUGUGGACAAACUUACUUCUGCGUUUGAAUUUGACUUUGUGGAUUGGUCCAAAUCCAGGAAUGAAACAAAAAGCAUGGGGAUGUGGAUAUCCGCCAAAGAUCCUAGGAGGAAAGAGCCAGAAAUUGACCAAAUUAAGUUUAUUUCGCAAAGAAACCAUUCCCAAAGUAUGGAAGUGGCCAUCGUGCAGGAGAUUCAUUCAAAAGAGCAGCCUGCUGUCGUUCACCCCACUAAGACAAUCUGCUAUACUGAACCAGUUCCUUCUUUUACGUCGCCUGCUGGAUUUGUACAGAAUACAAACUGUGCAUCGAACACUACUCCCUUGCUACAUGAGUUCAUGGAUGCAACACCAGUUCAUCUGAAGGCAGGACUUCCUGUUUCCAUCGGUGAUGUAGAAAUGUUAUCUGUUUACAAUGAAAAUAAUCCAAAUGAGACAUUUGAAAGAGACAUCCAAGAAUUCAAUGUUCUGUGUGAAUCCAAUAAGUCUAAUGGAAAUCUUCAGAAGUGUGUUCCUUUGUCCGUGGACAAUACCCCUGAUGAAAGGAAUAAACUGAAUCAAUCUCUGCGUGACCUAGUCAUGGAUUAUAAAACCUCUCAUUUUACAGAGGAUGCUGCUCAUACCCUAGUUAGAACUGCUACUGAUGUGCAACAAGAAGAAAACACAGAGCAUAAUGUUAUUCCAGAACAACCCCAAUUUGAAAAACAACCUGAAGAGGAAACCCACCAUCUCUCUGACGGCUCGCCUCCUAGCAAGUUACACAGGAAAGUUAAAAUGCUAGGAAGAAGAAACGGCAAAGAUGACCUGUGCUGCAGACUUCAAUACAAGGUCUCUGUUGCCCAGGACACAAAUCUCGUCUACCCGCCAGAGGAUAGUCUCAUGGCGUUGUUUGAAUCUAGUAAAGGGGAGAGCGAGUUCUUUGGGUUCACCUGCAGGUCCAUGAGCGGUGUGUGUAGUACAGAAGACUAUCAAGAACAUUCUGAAAGAGAGAUGCUGUGGGAUAUGUUCUCGCAUACGAGUUCCACUGCCUCGACCUUUAAUGGUUUUUAGAAUUUUAUGGAGCUUUUAAAUUAAAUGUAAUUGUGUUGUACAUUUUUUCUUUUAAUUAUUUUAAAGAAUCUGAAAGUUACAAUGUAACAUGUUUUACAUUUUGUUGAAACAUACAUGUGUGCAUUACCAGUCAUCUCUUAAUAUAGACUUGGCUCAACAGAAUAUUUGUAGUGAAGCAGAAAUUGGGGAGA